AUGGACUCAACAACUGGACAAGGACAAUCAUCAUGCAGAAACCACGAGGAGGAUUUGGGGGAGCCAAUUGCUGUCAUCGGUAUGGCAAUGCGGCUACCAGGCGGUGUUCGAUGUGGAGAUGAAUUCUGGGAAAUGCUCGUGAACAAACGAGACGGCUUUUGUGAAGCGCCUCCCUCGCGCUGCUCUAGAGAGGCGUCUAGCAGCUCUGAUUGUGGGGAUCUGAGCGAAACGAAAAAGGGAUUCUUUUUGCAAGAAGAUCCAGCUUGUUUUGACAUUUCGUUCUUUUCCGUUCCUCCCCACGAGGCGGCGCGCCUGGACCCCCAGCAACGGCUCUUGCUAGAGGUGGUUUGGGAGUGCCUGGAGAACUCGGGGGAGACCAAGUGGCGCGGUGAGAAAAUCGGUUGCUUUGUUGGUGUUUUUGGGGAGGAUUGGCUAGAGAUGUCGCAUAAAGAUCCCCAGCAUCUGAAUCAGAUAUAUCCCAUCGGCACCGGUGGUUUCGCGCUAGCAAACCAAGUGUCGUAUCGGUUUGAUCUCCUGGGUCCGAGCAUGACCAUCCAAACAGCUUGCUCUUCAUCCCUGGUCUGCCUGCACGAGGCUUGUCAAUCACUUAGAUUUGGAGAGUGCUCAACAGCUCUAGUGGGUGGGACAAGCCUUAUAUGGGGCCCAACCAUGACGGAUGCCAUGACCAAAAACAUGGUUUUAUCACCAAGUGGUAUCUCUCAUACAUUUGAUGCUGAGGCAGAUGGCUAUGGUCGUGGUGAAGGGAUAAACUGCAUAUAUCUCAAACCAUUGCGGGACGCGCUUCGUGACAACGACGCUAUCCGCGCCGUCAUCCGAUCCACAGUGACUAACCACGACGGCAAGACCCCUAACUUUUCUCAACCAUGUCCUAUAUCUCAAGAAAGGUUGAUCCGACACGCGUAUCAGAUUGCUGGGAUCGACGCGAUCCACGAAACACCUGUUUUUGAAUGCCAUGGGACUGGAACAGCCGUCGGCGAUGUCAUCGAAGCCUCAGUUGUUGCAAAGAUGACCCAUGGCGAAGCAACAUAUAUCACGGCGGUCAAACCCAAUGUGGGUCACUCUGAAGGUGCCUCAGGCAUUACAAGCAUCAUCAAAUCCAUUUUGUCACUUGAACACAAGAUCAUCGCACCCAAUAUCCAUUUCAAAACGCCGAAUCCACAAAUUCCCUUCAACAAGGCAAAUCUCCACGUGCCACUAGAACCGACCCCAUGGCCUGCUGGCAGGCCUGAAAGGAUCAGCGUAAAUUCGUUCGGUAUUGGGGGAUCUAAUGCCCACGCUAUUCUGGAGUCCGCCUCUCCGAUCUCUCUAAAGUUUCAAAACUCGUCGCUUGAAAUUUCCAACCCGCAGCUCUUGGUCCUGUCUGCGCACAGUGCAGAGACUCUUCGCAAGCGCAUUGGCCAGAUCACCGACUAUGUAAAGAGUCACCCAGACCGCCUGCAUGAUCUUUCGUACACUUUAGCUACCAGAAGAUCGCAUCUUGCCCACCGGGCUUUCGCCGUGGUGCAGCCGAGUAACCCUAUACUAGAUGACGCAGCAUUUUCGAUCUUUAACACCAGUUCACCAAAUGUCACCUUUGUUUUCACCGGCCAGGGAGGUCAAUGGCCCGGAAUGGGGUCAAGGCUUUUGUCUACCUUCCCAACAUUCAAGGAGGAUAUCAAAAGGAUGGAUGAAGCACUGCAGCAGCUACCUGAUGCCCCAAAUUGGUUAUUAUAUGAUGAACUAAGCCAAGAGAGUUCAAUUUCUCGCGUUCACGAAGCCGAGUUCUCUCAGCCUCUCUGUGUUGCGCUUCAAGUUGGUCUGGUAAACAUUCUUUGGGGCUGGGGAAUCGAGCCAUCCACAGUUGUCGGGCAUUCCAGUGGAGAGAUUGUGUCCGCGUAUGCUGCCCGGGCCAUUCCGAUGAGAACUGCUAUCGUUAUAGCAUAUUAUCGAGGGAAAGUUGCAAAACCGCUUGAAGGCUUAGGUGCUAUGGUGGCAGUUGGCCUUUCGCCGGGCGAAGUGGCACCGUACUUAACACCUGGAGUGGUUGUUGCCUGCCACAAUAGUCCGCAUAGUGUCACCUUAUCAGGAGAUAAAGACUCUAUUGAAAGUGCGAUCAAAAGCAUCAAGACGGCAAAUUCAGAUACACUGUGCCGGAGGCUUACGGUUCAAAUUGCUUAUCAUUCUGACCACAUGAAACAGAUUGGGCCUGAAUAUGAAGAUUGCAUCUCUAGUCAUAUCGAACAUGAGGAGGCAAUGGUUCCCUUCUGUUCCAGUGUGACUGGCGACACGAUCACUGACCCUCGCAAACUAGAUGCAUCAUACUGGCGACAGAAUCUGGAAUCACCGGUGCUGUUCACCGAGGCUAUCCAGAGUCUACCUGCUGUUGGAACUCCGGUCUUCCUAGAAGUUGGGCCGCAUUCGGCCCUCGCCGCCCCUCUCCGACAAAUCUUCCGGACUCUGGCAGCGAGGUCACCAGUCUAUAUUCCCACAUUAUUUAGAUAUGACGAGGAUGUCGAAAGCCAGCUACUCAGAACAGCGGGGCAGGCCUAUGCGAAUGGCGUGGGGGUCGAUUUGUCACGCAUAACCGAACCGGGGAACAUAUUGACAGACCUUCCACCUUAUCCUUGGCAACAUGAUCGCGCCUACUGGAGUGAGAGUCGACUGAGUAGGGAGUGGAGGCAGCGCAAGUUUCCGCAUCAUGAAAUCCUCGGUUCGCGGAUCGUCGAUACGACCGACCAUGAGCCUUCUUGGCGCAAUCUAGUCACGCUGGACAAUGUGCCCUGGCUUAUCGAUCAUGUCAUCCAAGGCACCAUCACAUUCCCUGGCGCUGGAUUUUUCGCUAUGGUAGGCGAGGCGGUCCAGCAGCUACAUCCCGACAACGACAGUUAUUCAGUGCGUAAUACGACAUUUAUAUCGCCACUACUAUUUUACGAGGGGGACCAGAUCGAGUUGGUCACUAGCCUCAGUCCUGUAGAAGUGGCUGAUAGGGUCCCAUCCGGCUGGUAUGGCUUCAAAAUCAUGGUUCAUGACGGAGAACGAUGGACCCUGCACUGCCAAGGUCAAGUAAGAGCCGGGUCCGAUCACCCUCCAGAGCCAUUCCCGAUUUCUUCCUAUAAGCGAGCUGUGCCAUCUGAAGGUAUGUACCGAGUGCUCCAAAGGAGCGGGAUAGAUUACGGUACUCAGUUCCAGGGCCUGGAGCAGAUCACAGCAGAUCCCACUGGGCCAAGGGCAACUGCGACUGUCUUGGGUAACCGCGGGCUGCCUGGGAGCAGGUAUCCGCUGCAUCCCACGGCGAUUGAUCAAUGUCUCCAACUUAUGGGUGUGGCCUGUUCUCAGGGCUUGUUGCGGCAUCUCACAACAAUUUAUGUGCCAGCUAUGAUAGAUUCUUUGUUCGUUGGCCCGGGGGGUCCACCUAUGCCAGCAAGCGCCCGAACCAAGAACGGUACAAGGGACGGCCAGCUGGGCGAUGCCAUUGCCAUGCUUGGUGAUCAAGUGGUCCUCUCUAUUCAAGGAGCUUACCUUUUUGCCUUGGAAAAUGAUCAUAUAGAUUCUGGAUCUGGAGCCGCGGGCUCGGUAAGCCAGCUUGAGUGGAAAUCGGACAUUGAUUUCUUACCCUCAACAGCACUUCUGUCUACACCACCCCAUUAUACAUCACAGGCCAUGAACAUCAAAGCCUUGGGCCAGCUAUCCGCGCUGUUUGUUUUGGAGACGGCGGACCAAAUUCGAGAUGUCGAACAAGCAUCAUCACAUUUCGCAAAAUGGAGGAAAUUCAUUCUAGACGCAGCUUUCAAUAUCAAAUCAAGUCGACAACAACCCAUCUACCCAGAGUCAUCUGAGUGGGCAUUAUUGAGUUCUGCAGAUAGACAGGAAAUGGCACAGAAGGUGUUCGCAGAGACCAAAUUUACCUUUGAUGCUCCACUUGCGGAUUGCAUACAGGUCGUCUUCGAUAACUGCAAAGCGUUUAUGUCUGGAGAAAGCAGCCCAUUGGAGGUUCUCAUGAAGGACAAUUUGCUGCACCACUUCCAUGCUGCGCACACACAGUAUGCCGAUUGGAAGCCGUUCCUACCGUUACUCUGCCAUUCCAACCCGGGUCUACGAGUACUUGAGAUCGGGGCAGGUACAGGUUCUGCAACCGCGAUGGCUCUAGAACUUCUCAAGUCCACGAGUGGGGAACGUAUGUAUAGUCAGUAUGUUUUUACUGAUAUCUCCUCGGGCUUCAUGGCUGCGGCAACAGAGAGAUUCGGACAUGAGCAAUGCAUGGAAUACAAAGUUCUUGAUAUUACCCUAGAUCCUCUAGAACAAGGGUUCGAUGCUCAUAGUUUUGACUUAAUCAUCGCUUCUAAUGUUCUCCACGCUACCCCCAUUCUUCGCUCCGCACUCUGCCAUGUGCAUCGUCUCUUAAAGCCCACAGGUCGCUUCUUACUCCAUGAGAUUAGCCCGGAAAUCUUACUUGCAAAUUUCACAAUGGGUGUAUUCCCCGGCUGGUGGCUCGGUGAGGAUGAUGACCGAUCAUCGCAACCGUAUAUCUCACCCGAGCGAUGGGAUCGGGAGCUACGAGCUGCAGGUUUCACUGGAGCAGAUGUAACGGCCUAUGAUCAAAAGCCGCCAUAUCAUAUAUCCGCCAGCAUAUUGUCACGACCGGUUGACGAGAUCUCAAUUCCUACCGAUAUCUGGUUGCUGACAAGAAAUUCUUCCCCAUGCCAGUGGGCAAGCGAUGUUGAAUCGUUGUUCCGCGACGAAGGCUACACCACUAACUGGACUACCUUGCACCAAGCACCACCCAAAGGCAAAUUUAUGGUAUCACUGCUGGAUCUUGAAGGAUCCCCAAUAGGUUCCCUGCCGAAGGAUGACUAUGAGGUAUUUCAACGCUACAUAGAACAAGUGCAAGAAUGCCAAAUCCUGUGGGUCACGCAAUCAACCUCCCACACCUGUUCCGACCCACUGUUUGGCUUUAUCCAUGGGCUCGCCCGCACUUUACGGGCGGAGCUGUUGCUUGAUCUCUCAAUUCUGGAGAUUCCCACAUGGGACGCGGCGGGCGCAAAGGCCGUAAUCCAAGUGUGCGAGAAGAUACAGAGAUCCCGCGCACACUCCCUUCCUGAUCCAGAGUAUGAGUUUGCGUUGCAUGAAGGGGAGAUAAAGGUCGGCCGGUACCACUGGACACCUCUCGUCGAGCAACUCGCAAGUCCGCCCCAAUCAGAUGCGUCCCGAAAGCUAACUCUCACGACAUACGGGCUAUUGGAUACACUACACUGGGCUGAGAAAGGUGCAUGCUAUGAAUUGAACGAUGGGGAGGUUGAAGUUGAGAUGGACUAUGUAGGACUGAACUUCAAAGAUAUGAUGGUCGCAAUGGGAUUUUUCGGAAACAAAGAAGAUCUCGGGCUCGAAGGCAGCGGUAUUGUGCUUCAAGUUGGACCUGAUGUCACGGAUAUUAGAGUGGGGGACCGCGUCGUCUUGAUGCAUUCCGGGGUUCUGGCCUCAAACGUUGUAGUGCCUCAAGAAGCUUGUAUCAAGCUACCGCAGGGGCUGUCAAUGGCAGAUGCUGCUACGAUGUUGACAGCCUAUGUCACUGUUCUCUAUUCACUGCUUGAGAUUGGUGCUUUAACGAAGGGCCAGUCCGUUCUUAUUCAUUCCGCGUGCGGCGGAGUCGGACUGGCUGCUCUUCAAGUGUGCCAGGCUGUCGGUACCGAGAUAUAUGCCACUGUCGGCAAUGACAAAAAGGUAGCACAUUUGAUGGAGCAUUUUGGUCUACCUCGAGAACGGAUCUUCAACUCUCGCAAUACGUCCUUCCAACCAGACCUCAUGCAUGCCACCGAUGGGCGGGGAGUUGAUGUAGUGCUUAAUUCGUUAUCUGGUAACUUACUACACGCUUCGUGGGAAUGCGUUGCUAAGUUCGGACGGAUGGUUGAACUGGGAAAGCGUGACUUCAUAAGUCAUGGAAUGCUUAAUAUGAGCCUUUUCGAAGCCAACCGAGCAUUUUUCGGCGUUGACCUUGCCCAGGUUUGCAAGGAGACUCCAGAGAUCCUCAAAAGCACCCUGGCAACAUUUUCAGACUGGUAUCGCCAAGGAAAAAUCGGACCUAUCAAACCUGUUAAAAUCUUUGAUGCGGUCGAUAUUGUCAGUGCAUUUAGGUAUAUGCAAGCAGGCACUCACCUAGGUAAGAUUUUGGUGCGUAUGCCAACCGCCGUGGAGAAUUUGCCUCCCCCUGUUGUAAAGGCAUUCCCGACAUUCCGAUCCGACGUCGCUUAUCUGCUCAUUGGCGGGCUCGGUGGUAUUGGGCGAUCCGUGUCAACAUGGAUGGUCGAGCAGAAUGCGCGAGAGCUCGUCUUCCUCUCGCGGUCAGCUGGCAAAUCUGAGGAGGAUCAAGCAUUUAUUCGGGAACUUGAGGCGCAAGGUUGCCAAGUUAUCUGUGUGCUAGGCAAUGUGACGAAUCUCAAGGAUGUGAAGGAGGCUGUUGCCACAUGCACGCGACCCCUCGCUGGUGUCCUCCAAAUGGCAGUUGACUUGAACGAUCGGCUCUUCUUGCAGAUGAGCCACGAGGAGUGGGAGGCCGCGCUGGCUCCGAAAGUCACCGGAACCUGGAACCUGCAUCAUGCCACAUGGGCACACUCACUUGAUUUCUUCGUCGUGUUUGGCUCAAUUGCCGGGGUAUGUGGCAAUACUGGCCAGGCAAAUUAUGCAGCCGCAACUACAUUUUUGGAAGCAUUUACCCGGUAUCGACGGCAGCAAGGACUCCCUUCUUCUAUCUUGCACCUUGGAGUGGUUGGAGAUGUGGGUGCCGCAAGUCGCAACUCCCGGUUCCUCCAGAGAGUACAGUCAAUCGCGCUGCAUGUGCUCGAUGAAGCUGAAGUGAUUGACGGCCUCGCUGCAGCGAUCAAUAUAUCCCCGGUUAGUGGUUCUAACGCGAGCGGGGCAAUGGCAAUGGGACUUGCGCACACGAGGCGACGGGCUGAUCUCCCCAAGGAGAUCUUCCUCGGUGGACGCGACGCUCGAUUUUCGAUUUAUCCCAACCUUGAGUCUACCAGUGCUGGGAUUGGCGGGGAUCCAUCACCUCAUACAAAUGCCUUAAAGGCCUUGCUUGCUCAGAUACAAGCAGAUCCCUCGCUGACCAGCAAAAGAGAGACUGAGGUCGCGUUGAUGAAGGAACUGGGCAGAUUUAUUAGCCAUAACCUUACGGGACAGGAGCAUGACCAAGGGUCAGAUUCCGCAGAUGACAUUGAGGUAUUGGCGGGCAUGGCAGUGGACUCCCUCAUGGCCAUAGAGGUUAGGAAUUGGCUACGGAGGUCUCUGGGCGUGGAAAUUCCUACGGUGGAAAUCAACCGAGCAGGUACAUUAGGAGGCUUGGUGAAGGUCGUUUUGAAGGGACUUGGGGAGAAAUAUGAUCAGCGUGCUACCUAA